UAUACAUGUGUUUUUCUUUUUCAUAAUAAAAUGCACCACUCUGUAGUCUGUACUUUCACAUGACAAUAUAUAUGUGUGUUUCAUCCUCCUCUGGUCAGAGAGGGGGACUUGAUUUUCUCCCACUAUCUACUGUCUUUUUUAGUUGCCUUCUGCAAGUAGAACAAGUAGAAACUCAGUUACAACACUGAUCACUAUCUAGCACUAGCACCACAUGAUAAAAAUGGUGAAUCUUCAUCUAAAGUUGUUUCUCCUGUGCUCUCUUCUUGUUUUAGCCUCUGGGCAUUCAUCAAGAAACCUCCCAGUCAUAUCCUUUGAUGAAGGCUACUCACAGCUCUUUGGAGAUGAUAAUCUUAUGCUUCUUGAAGAUGGGAAAUCAGUGCACAUUUCCCUAGAUCAAAGAACAGGCUCUGGAUUUGUGUCACAAGAUCUUUAUCUUCAUGGGUUCUUUAGUGCUUCAAUUAAGCUACCUGCAGAUUACACUGCUGGAGUUGUUGUUGCAUUUUAUAUGUCGAACGGAGACAUUUAUGAGAAGACUCAUGAUGAAAUUGAUUUUGAGUUUCUGGGGAAUAUCAGAGGCAAGAAUUGGAGGGUCCAGACCAACGUUUACGGAAAUGGCAGCACCAACUUUGGGAGAGAAGAAAGAUAUGAUCUGUGGUUUGAUCCUUCCGAAGAUUACCACCAUUACAGUAUACUGUGGACUGAGAAUCAGAUCAUCUUUUAUGUGGACAAUGUUCCUAUUAGAGAGAUCAAGAAAACCGAAGCAAUGGGUAGGGCCUUCCCUUCGAAACCAAUGACUUUGUAUGCAACAAUAUGGGACGGGUCCGAUUGGGCCACUAAUGGUGGUCGAUACAGGGUUAGUUACAAGUAUGCCCCUUACGUGGCACGAUUCUCAGACUUUGUGCUCCAUGGCUGUUCCGUCGAUCCUGUUGAGCAAUUCUCCAAAUGUGACAAUGCACCAAAGUCUAGGUCCAUUCCUACUGGCAUCACACAAGAACAGAGGGCUAAAAUGCAGCAGUUCCGAAAGAAGCACAUGCAGUACUCCUACUGCUAUGAUAGAACCAGGUACAGGGCUCCUCCUUCUGAGUGCACAAUUGAUCUCAAUGAAGCGAAAAGACUCCAAGGAUUUGAUCCGGUCACAUUUGGUGGAACUCGACGCCACCAUAGUAAACGACAUCACCAUAACAAAUUAACUCUAAAUAGGUUCACCGCUAUCUGAAAAAUGACCAAUUAAGGUAUCCACCCUUAUCAAUUUAUCUACUUUCGAUGUAUAGAGUACAAAGAGAAGCAAGGUUGUUAUGCAUAUGUUAAUCUCCAUUGAUGCUUUAUAAAGGUUGUCACUUGUCAGACC